AUGGUGGGGCUUUACUCGGACAGGCUGCCUGAUCUGGACUGGUUCCUGAACAUAGCCGCAUCUCCUUGCUCACCGACGCCUGCCCCACCAAAAAAGAAAUCUACAGCUUUUCCACGAAAAAGGCAACGACGAUCGUGUCAUCAUGUACGUCAUACAUUCGAAGCGCUGAAUGGUCAAAUCGAUUACCAUUCGACGAACAUGAAACCUCCGUUGAGUUAUGCUCAGCUAAUUAUGGAUGCAAUGGCAGAACGUCAGGUGGAGAAAAUUACUCUCUCAGAGAUCUAUGAAUACGCUAUUCGACGCUAUGCUUACUACAGAAGCUCGAAGGGACCAUGGAAGAACUCGAUUCGCCAUAAUUUAUCGUGUAAUCAGCUGUUCAAGCGAAUUCCUCGACAAAAUGGUGAAAAAGGGAAAGGUUCAUACUGGACGCUGAAUGAUGUCAGUGCUCUUCCGACAAGUGUUCCAACUAAAAAAGUUAGAACGAAAUGCCCACCGGAAACGACUGUUGAAUGUCCUGUAAAGCCAGCUUCCCGGAUCAAUACAGCUGUACUACAGUACAUGGAUUCAAUUCGAAAGCAACAAAAACCAGUUGCUCCUCAAGACAUCUCCUUAUUCGACGAAGCCGGUUCCGCUGUAUGGGAUGAUCAAGUGCUUUUGAAUUAUGAAAAUAACUCACCAACCGGUUCGUCAGUACAAAUGGAUCUUUCUGAGUCGUCAUUCUCUGAAGUAGGGUUCUCGUCUGACGAUCAAGGCAUUUCGUCUGAGUACACCUGGCAGAGUGAUUUCUCGUCUUACGAUCUCGAAGCCCUUCCAGUGGUACCAUUCGCUAGUCAAUUCGAAGAAUUCCAUUGUGACAGUAUCGAUAUCGAUCCGAACACACCUCCUCAAUGGCAAGACGUCGAUCAAUACUAUGAUGAACUAAUGCGAUUGGAGGGAGAAGAACGCUUGUAA